CGGCGCUCAGUGGCAACAUCCGGUUUUCUUUCUCCCCGUGUUGCAGUCGGUAAAGCGGCGCAGAUUUUGACUUCCGUUGAGUGGAGAGGCUGUCGGGGAGGAGGAUAGCGCCCCCGGCAGGGCUGCACCAUGUCAGACACAUGGAGCUCUAUACAGGCCCACAAGAAGCAGCUGGAUUAUCUGCGGGAGAGGCUGCAGCGGAGGAGGAAAGAUGUCACCUCUCAGCUGGUCCUGGAUCUGCAGAACCCAGAGGCAGGCCUGGCCCCAUCCUUCCGCAGUGAUAGCCCAGUCCCCUCAGGGGCAUCACAGCCACCUAAAGGAGCCACAGAGGUGACCCCCGACCCCGAACUGGAGAGAAAGCUGCUGCACCACCUGUCAGACCUAGCGCUAGUCCUACCCGCAGACUCCGUGUCCAUCCAGCAGGCCAUUAAUACGCCAGACUUGUCUGUUUCCAGGCAGGCUGUAGAAAGUCUUUUACAGAAAUUUGCUGCUCAAGAGCUGAUAGAAGUGAAGCGCAGUGAGCAUGAAGAUGAUGACAGACCCACUGUAGUAACCUAUGCCGACCACUCUAAGCUCUCUGCUAUGAUGGGAGCCGUCACUGAAAGAAAAGCCCCAACCACUGCACCUGGAGCAAAAAAAAGAAGAAUUCAGGAAAGUGAUUCUGCCGCAUCCUCAUCCUCCACUUCUGCUGCAGGUACUUCAAAGGAGAAAAAAGUAUCAGAGCCCCAGAAGAAGGCAAGAAAACACGCUUCCCACGUGGAUCUGGAAAUAGAGAGCCUGUUAAGUCAACAGUCCACUAAGGAGCAGCAAAGCAAGAAGGUAAGCCAGGAAAUCCUUGAACUUCUGCAUACCAGCACAGCAAAGGAACAGUCUAUUGUGGAGAAAUUCCGCUCUCGGGGCAGGGCUCAGGUCCAGGAAUUCUGUGACUAUGGGACUAAAGAAGAAUGUAUGAGAGCAUCUGGGACUGAUGCUCCUUGUAAGAAGCUGCACUUCAGGCGUAUUAUAAACAUACACACCGAUGAAUCUCUUGGUGACUGCUCCUUUCUCAAUACCUGCUUUCACAUGGACACUUGUAAAUAUGUUCACUAUGAGAUUGAUGCAUAUGUAGAGCCUGUAGGGAUUGCAACAGGAUCUGAGUCUACACCAAACCAAGAUAUGCCUUUGGUUAAAGGUGUGGGAGACACAAGUGUAGGACGUCUGUUCCCUGCACAGUGGAUCCGUUGUGAUAUUCGGUACUUGGAUAUGAGCAUAUUGGGAAAGUUUUCAGUGGUAAUGGCUGACCCACCUUGGGAUAUUCACAUGGAGUUGCCGUAUGGAACUUUGACUGAUGAUGAGAUGAGGAAGCUCCAGAUCCCAGUACUGCAGGAUGAUGGAUUCCUUUUCCUCUGGGUCACUGGCAGAGCUAUGGAACUAGGCCGGGAAUGCUUAAAGUUGUGGGGAUAUGAGCGAGUGGAUGAAAUAAUUUGGGUGAAAACUAACCAGUUACAACGGAUUAUUCGUACUGGGCGGACUGGCCAUUGGCUUAAUCAUGGCAAGGAGCACUGUCUGGUUGGUGUAAAAGGAAGCCCUCAAGGAUUUAACCGGGGUCUAGACUGUGAUGUUAUUGUGGCUGAGGUCCGUUCUACCAGUCACAAGCCUGAUGAGAUUUAUGGGAUGAUUGAACGUCUUUCUCCUGGCACUCGUAAGAUAGAGCUGUUUGGACGUCCACAUAAUGUGCAACCGAAUUGGAUCACUUUAGGAAAUCAGCUGGACGGGAUCCAUUUGUUAGAUCCAGAUGUGGUAGCCCGAUUUAAGCAACAAUACCCAGAUGGAGUGAUUUCAAAACCAAAGAAUAUGUAAACACUUCCCCUGUCCUAGGAUGACACCCCCCCCCUUUUUUUAUAUGGUUUUAUGUUCCUUGGCUGAUAUUUGAUUCAUUGUAAAUAGUGACUGUAUGAUGACUUCCUCUUGCAUUUAAAAUAUAAGAAAUACAACAGA